AUGGCCGACCUUGUCAAAGCCAGUACCGCCACAGCCAAGGCAGGGCGCCCGGCCAAUCUCAGCAAUGAGCCAGAAUCGCCCGAAGUUGUAUCAUCUCAAAAUGUGUUACAGACAGAACACCCUCCUGUCGGUACGAGAAGUCCUCGGUCGAUAGCUGAGGCUGCAGUGAUUGUCGUCCUGGGACAGACUGGCUCUGGGAAGUCUUACUUUAUUCAAGCAGCGACGCAGGAUAAGGCAAUUGUGGCUGGCCAUACUCUCUCAUCAGAGACGGCGGAAAUUUGUGCUUACAAGACCGAGAUUGAUGGCAACCCAGUUGUCCUUGUCGAUACUAUCGGGUUUGACGACUCCUAUCGAAGUGAUGCAACUGUCCUAAGAGAGGUUGCAACAUGGCUAGCUGAGAGGUACGCUGAAGGGACUCGUAUGGCUGGCAUCCUCUACAUGCAGAACAUUGAUGCAUGGCGUAUCACGGGUUCCGUGGUUAGGAACUUGCGGGCGUUCGAGAAGAUUAAUGGAGCAGACGCUAUGGAAAGUACAAUCCUCGUCGCGAAUAGAUGGGACAAGAUUGACCGCGACUCCGGUGAAAGGAGACUGGAAGAGCUGAUGGAAAACCCGGACUUUUGGGGUACUGCGAUCGAGCAAGGGGCGACUGUGGAACGUUAUCUUGGCACCCAUGAAGACGCACAAAGAAUUCAAGAGUUAAUCGAUAGACGGCUGGAGCUAUCUGAAACUGAAGCUGGGAAGACUUUGCUAGAGGAGAUCAACCAGUUAAAGGCAUUACACAUGAGAGAGAUGUCGGAAUUGCGGAGCACAAUGAGAGAGGCUUUGGAUUCCAAGAAUCAAGAGUUUUACAAGGCUCUGGCUUGGCACCAAUCUUACCUGCAACGACUGCUUGAAAGUUCGGAGGCGGAGAUGUUAGAGCUGAAAUCUAAAAACAAGGCACUCGAGGAAUCCCGGAGUGCUUAUGAUGAACGGAUAGCGCGGCUAGAAGGGUCAUUUGAAGAUCGACUGCGCCUCAUAGAAGAGCAAGGUUUGCCUCCCCCUCCACCGUACCCUGAGUUAGAAGGUCAGGCUGGCUCCCGAGGCAGCUUUCCAUCAUAUAUGAUGGCCUGGAUGUCGGUAGAAUCAUCUUGGGGCCGGGCUACAGUUCAAUUCUUCCGAAAACUGCUACGACCACGAUUGCGAGCUGGAUAUCGAAGACUAGAAUGGAAAUGUACUUGUGGGGAGCUUCUUUAUGGAGACUUCCAAGAAACAACAUCUGGAUCCCUAGACAAGCUAGCGGCGAGUCUUAAAGAAUACUCUGAACAGGGAUCUCGGCAAGGAGAGCCAUCGCAAUUGCAAACCCCUACCAAACCAUAUACAAGACAACGCUUUAGUGGGAGAGGCAAUAGCCCAGGAAGAAAUAGGGACGACCCGAACCAGAGUAAUCAAGAGUCAGGUACGAAUUCUUCCAAUCAGCUGGCCCAUCCUAUCCAGAUCCGGCAAGCUUUACAGCUCUGUAUAGAGACUGGAAAAUACACGUUAGCACUAAAUGAAGUCGACCUGCACGGUCCUUGUACUGAUGGAAACCUUUUCGGGAGGAUUCGAGAGCGAUACGAGCUCUCCUCCCGUCAUAUACUGCCCUUACGAAUGUGGUUUUGGAAACCAGAGAACGCAAUCUUUGUUAAAUUCCGACUGGGACAACUGCCUUUUGUGUCUCCCAUUGCCGGCACGAUAGACUCUCCCGUCAUCCCGCCCAAAGAAGAAGUUGAUGCUGGAAAGUAUGUUUAUACUCCCUGUCCAAUAGAGGAGAUACCUAUGUACAGCCGGACAUUCUUUCACCAUUUCUAUUCUCCAGCAUCAAAACAUCCCUAUGCGUUCUGGGGAAUGCGACUGCCCCGAAAACUUGGUCCCAAACUAGGGCCAAUGACACAAGGCUGGGAAAUACAUCUUGAAGAAAGACCCGAUUGGUCAUUGUUUACUCUUCUCAUGUUCAUCCUGCUGUUGCUCAGUGGCUUGAUUGCUGGGUUGUAUUCUUGGCGCACGGGUGAUCAUCAAUCGGGGAUUGCGAUUGGGACGUGGCUCACCAGCGUUCAAGCUAUGGGUAUUACCGCGCUAUGUCUCUGGUGGAAGUGA